UGCUUGCACACCGCUUCCGAAAUGCAGCCGGCUGGGAAGUCUGCACGCCGUGCCUGAAGGAGCUGGAUGCCUUCUGGAUCAAACAUGAAUGACCUGCUGAAGGUGCCCCUGGUGCACGUCCUCACCCUGUCAGCUCUCAGCUUGGCUGAGACUCUUCUAAAAGCUCCCUUGAUCAGUACUCCUCUGGAAACAGUGGAUGCCCUGGUAGAAGAUGUUGCCAAGUUUGUCUGUGUAGUGGAGUCAUAUCCUGAGCCGGAGAUUACAUGGACACGCAACAGCAUUCCCAUCAGGCUGUUCGACACACGGUACAGCAUCCAGAGGAAUGGGCAGCUCCUGACCAUCUUGAGUGUGGAGGACAGCGAUGAUGGGGUGUACUGCUGCACAGCAGAUAACGGAGUUGGAGCAGCUGCACAGAGCUGUGGGGCUCUCCAGGUGAAAAUGCGACCCAAAAUAACCCGCCCACCUGUAAAUGUGGAAAUAAUAGAAGGAUUAAAGGCUGUUCUUCCAUGCACUACAAUGGGGAAUCCAAAACCUUCUGUUUCAUGGGUCAAAGGAGAAACAGUUGUAAAGGAGACUGCUCGCAUUGCCGUCCUCGAUUCUGGGAAUUUAAGGAUACACAAUGUUCAGAGAGAAGAUGCAGGACAGUAUCGUUGUGUAGCCAAGAACAGUUUGGGCACAGCCUAUUCGAAACCUGCAACUGUGGUUGUAGAAGUGUUUGCCAGAAUCCUGAAGGCUCCUGAAUCCCAAAACAUCACCUUUGGGUCCAUGGUGACAUUGCGGUGCACAGCAACCGGCCUUCCAGUCCCUACUGUCACCUGGUUGGAAAAUGGGAAAGCUGUUUCUGUGGGGUCGAUAGCAGAAAGCGUCAAGGACAGAGUGGUUGAUUCCAGACUGCAAGUGUACGUCACCCGACCUGGCCUGUUCACCUGUCUUGCCACAAACAAGCACAGCAAAACUUUUGGAGCCGCAAAAGCAGCAGCAACCAUCAGCAUUUCAGAAUGGAGCAAGCUGUACAAGGGUGACGCAGGCUACUGCAGCACAUACAGAGGUGAGGUGUGUAGUGCUAUCUUGGCGAAGAAUGCUCUUGUUUUCUUCAACUCCUCGUAUGCUGACCCAGAGGAGACCCAAGAGCUGCUUGUGCACACUGCCUGGACUGAACUGAAAAUGGUGAGUUCAUUCUGCCAACCGGCUGCUGAGUCUCUGCUGUGUAACUACAUCUUCCAGGAGUGCAAUCCCUCGGGAGCUGGGCCAGCUCCAAAACCAGUGUGCAGAGAGAAUUGCCUUGCUGUAAAGGAUCUCUACUGCUUUAAGGAAUGGCUCUCAAUGGAGGAGAACUCUCAGAAGGGGAUUUACAAGCCAGGGCUGAUGCUGCUCACUCUUCCUGAAUGCAACAGGUUGCCCAGCCUGCACCAGAAUCCCAGCUCCUGCACCCGCAUCCCUUUCUUUGAUUUUAAGAAGGAGAACAUAACCAGGACUUGCUACAGCGGCAAUGGCCAGUUUUAUCAGGGCACGACCAAUGUCACAGCAUCUGGCAUUCCCUGCCAGAAGUGGAGUGAUCAGGCUCCCCAUUUGCACAGGAGGACUCCUCAGGUUUUCCCAGAGCUGUUUGAUGCUGAGAAUUACUGCCGCAAUCCAGGAGGUGAGAACGAGCGUCCCUGGUGCUACACAAAGGAUCCAGCUGUGACCUGGGAGUACUGCAGUGUGUCUCCCUGUGGAGAUGCAUUGUUAUCCCUAGGAACAAGAAAACCAAAUGGAGAGACUCUAAAUCUUCCCCCUCCUCCUCCAUUUUCUCCUACAUACUCCAUGACUGUUAUCAUCUCAAUCAUCUCCAGCUUUGCUCUGGUUGUGAUCUUUGGCAUUAUCACCCUGGUUUGCUGCCGUCGUCGAAAACAGUGGAAAAACAAAAAAAGAGAGUCUGAGACACCAACUCUCACCACUCUGCCCUCCGAACUGCUCCUGGACCGGCUGCACCCCAACCCAAUGUACCAGCGCAUGCCUCUUCUCCUCAAUCCAAAAUUGCUUAGCCUGGAGUAUCCCAGGAACAAUAUUGAAUAUGUGAGAGAUAUUGGGGAGGGAGCAUUUGGGAGAGUCUUCCAAGCCAGGGCUCCAGGGCUGCUGCCAUAUGAACCUUUCACCAUGGUAGCAGUGAAAAUGCUGAAGGAGGAAGCAUCUGCAGACAUGCAGGCUGACUUUCAGAGGGAAGCAGCUCUCAUGGCAGAGUUUGACAAUCCGAAUAUCGUCAAGCUUUUAGGCGUGUGUGCAGUUGGGAAGCCGAUGUGCCUGCUGUUCGAGUACAUGGCCUACGGGGAUCUGAAUGAGUACUUACGUGACCGCUCGCCCCGCAACCUGUGCAGCCUGGCGCAGGGCAGCCUGGACACACGGCUCCGCCUCCCGAACCCGCUGGCGCUGUGCUGCACCAGCCAGCUCUGCAUUGCCAAGCAGGUUGCUGCCGGCAUGGCGUACCUCUCCGAGCGCAAGUUUGUCCACCGGGAUUUGGCCACCAGAAACUGCCUGGUGGGGGAGAACAUGGUGGUGAAAAUUGCAGAUUUUGGUCUCUCAAGGAACAUGUAUUCAGCUGACUAUUACAAAGCAAAUGAGAAUGAUGCCAUCCCCAUCCGCUGGAUGCCCCCUGAGUCCAUUUUCUACAACCGCUACACCACAGAGUCUGAUGUGUGGGCCUAUGGGGUGGUGCUGUGGGAGAUCUUCUCCUACGGCAUGCAGCCUUACUAUGGGAUGGCUCAUGAAGAGGUCAUCUACUAUGUGAGGGAUGGGAAUGUCCUCUCCUGCCCAGACAAUUGUCCUCUGGAACUCUACAACCUAAUGCGCCUCUGCUGGAGCAAGUUGCCUGCUGACCGUCCAGGCUUUGCCAGCAUCCACCGCAUCUUGGAGCGCAUGUACGAGAGGGCCAUGGCCAACAUGUCUGUCUGAGGGAUACAAUUCCUUCCUUGUCUCCUGUGUCCACCUAUUUAGACUGACUUGGACUAGCCCAUGAACUCCUGAGUGAUGGUGGCUUCACACAAUGUCCCACUCAGGGAGGAGAAGCAGCUCGUUCCACUGCCAAGCAAGAAUUAUAGACUGUACCCCUUUAUGCACCUCCUUGAGCGGGACUGUACCUCCCAAACAACAGGGUUGACCUUUAGCCACCAAGACAAGACUCCUCAGGCUGGUGAGGGUGCUGGUCAUGCUAACUCAGUUCUUAUAUUUGGCAUUUCCAGGGGCACAGAGUUGCUCAGGGAAGGCAAAUUAAUGUUUCUUCCUAAGCACUGUUUCUUCCCUUCCUAAAAGAUCCCACCAUGCCCUUCUGCAUUUACACUCUUGGCUUUUACCUUUUUUCACACUUUCUCUGACAUUUUCUAGUAUUAUUUUAAAAAAAAGGUUGCAGAGUUCAAUCUUCUUUUGGGGAUACCAUUUAUUAUGAUUUUUUUGCAUACUGUUUACUAUUUUGUUUUUGCAUACUCAGUCCUUUUUGCAGAAAAAGGAUGUUUCUGAAGCCAUAGGCCACUUUCAUCUUCCUUUUAACUUCCACUCUCUCUCAUUACAAUAACACUGACAGAGUCAAAACAGGAGCCUGCUGGACCACUGGCAGCCCCCUGCAUCUUCUGUUACAGAGACAGACAAACUCCUGUCAAGCAUGACACUUUCAGUUUUCCAGUGUGAGAAAUCCUGAGUCACAUUCACUUUAUGUUUGUUAAAGUCUCAUCUAAAACCUUUCCUUCAGCAUUGCAGCACACCUUACCAACCUUCUCUUGAAUCAGCAAAGCCAUUUGGUGCUGUCAGAGAAAUUUAUCCCAAAGGCCUGGUGCUGCACCUUGUAGGCAUCCAAAGUGUAUUUAUUUGCCCUGCCUGAUCCUCACAAUGCUGAAAGCAUGAAGAAAUGCAUCCCCUCUUGCAGAAGUGUGGCAGGCUAUAUUAAUUGCUUUUUCCUUUUUCUUUACAAUCUUGGCCUGCUGUUUCUGGUUUCCUUUCCUGACAGACUCUGCUAAGUCCCACUACAAUAUUUGCUGGCCACAUUUCCUUGUGCUGCAGUUUAGAGACAGAGGAAUAAAGAAGGUGGAUGCCUACAACAGUGUCCUUCUCAGACAACCUGUUAGUUAGGAGAAGGUGGAAAAAUUGGGUGCACACAAGAAGGGCUGCAAACUGUCCAUCUGCAGGGCAAAGGUGAGACUGCCUCAGUUACAGAUAGCCUGCAGCCCAUCUCCAAACACCAGAUGUUUCUCUGCUAAAAGUUCUCCAAAUUGCAAUGGAUACAUCAGUACCAGAGAAAAUUUUAUUCCUCUGGUGACAAUUGUAACCUUUUAGCUCCUUGUGCCGUGAAGAACAGUUGUCCCAGAGCCCCAUUGCUGAUACAAAAUAUAGUCUGAGGCAGGGAUGUGCAUUAUGACUAUAGAGCAGGAGUGCAAACGAACGAGUGUUUAGUGUGGCUUCUGUAACUUGGGCAACUGGUUUAGCCUACCCAGAAAGCAGCAGCAGAGAGCAGCUAUCUAUGGUUUCUGAAAGGUAAGCUUGAAAAGAUCUGUGAACCAUUAUAAUGAACAGAACUGGAAAUAUCAUACUUUCCUCUGCUGCUCUGCUGUUUGUUUGGGGUUUUAUUUUCUUGGGGUUUUUGGGCUUUUCUCAUGUAACUGCGGCCAUAACAGCAUGAUUUAAUGGUUUUAGACCACUGGUGUCACCUUCAAUUGGAGCAAGGAACUUGCAAUUACCAAAGACAAUGGCAAGAAAAGAGGUCUGGGCUGCUGUUGAAGUGCCAAUAUGGUAUCUGCACAGUGAGCACAAAAUGGCCAGUGCUGCCUUACUAAUUUAGCAGUCCUACCUAUCACACAAUAGUUCACUGAGGUUUGGAUACUAAAGACAAAUAUCCUUGAAAAUCCCAAAGCCCUCAGUUUCAAUAGAAAAUUAUACUGAAGUUUGUCAUAUAGCUCCUGUUGCUGCAUUAUGACCACCUCACAGUGUGCAUGGUUGAAUUUGUUAGGUUGUAUCAACUCCCUGUCUGUCUUCCCUGUUCUGAGGAGGAAGAAGUGAGGAGGCAGGCCUGGAAGGAUGGGUGGUGAUGCUGAGCUGAGUCUGAAUACACAGCCCAGGACUUGAGGCAGUCAGUGUCUGCAGGUCAGGAGGGGAAAAGCUUCCUUUCUUGCAGGAGGAAAGAGAUAAUUUCAAGACAGACUCCGAGAAGAUCUCAGCAGCAUGUUCUCCAGGGAUGGUAAUGGCUUCUGUGUACCGAUCCAGCAGGAGGGCUUAGCACCUAGACAGUGCUGUACUUUCAGGAUUAAAUUGUAGCAGGACUUCUGCUGACUUAGUGUGUAGCUGGAUUUUACUUUCCUUCUGCUGUAUGCUUUUCAGCUUGCUAGGAGCUGGAGGUUGACUGUUUUUAUGACAUGCCUCCUUUCACAGAUGUUUUUUCUCCUCCCUAUGUUUAGGAUUCUGCUGUCUUCAUUUUAUGUUAUACAAUGUGCUAUGCCAGAUUCUUCUAGACUUUCUGUACAGUUAUCAUGUAACACAAUUUUUUUUUUAAUGGGAGUAAACAAAGGGAUUAUUAGAGAGUAGCAGAGCAAGAAAAGUUUGUUGUUCAAAAAAGUUGCUUGGAAGCAAAAGUAUUUUGCUUUUUUUAGUUUGGAUUUAUACUUCGUGUGGAGAGAGAGGAAGAAUCAAAAAUGAACAUUUUGUGUUCAUUUUAGAACAUUUGUGUGCUACAAAUUAGAGCACUUUUCUACAUUUGGUUCUGUCCAUACUGGCCCCAAAAAUAUGGAAUGCUUCAUGAAUUUGCAUGUCACCCUUGUGCAGGGACCAUACUGACAUAUGAAUUUAAGAUGAACCUUUUUGGUGCUUUGGUUCCCAUUCCCACUGAUAACAGAGGGAGCCAGCAAUCGGGGGCACUAGAUAAGAACCCCAAAAAAAGGAUUUGCAGCACAUUUGGUGUACCCAUUCCCUUUGCAAAUGUGCUGCCUUGAGCACUGGCAGCACAUACACAUCUUUAUCCUGGGUGACAUAUUAUGAAAUCUGACCAACCCAACAACACAGAAAUCUUUUCAUGUUCCCAUGCCUUUAUUUGACAGUUGCAUUUAAAAUGCAUAAAUUUAUAAGCAUAAAUUCCAUAACUGAUUGGACACUGUUUACAAUAUGAUCAAAUUUGGUUCAGAUCCUCUCAGACACUUUAUGGGUUAAACACAACUGUCUUGUUUCAUUUACCCAAGGGAGUAUACUAGUUAUUAUUCUGUAAUUGUUAAAUCUUCAUGAAUGAUGGCUUUGAAAGACAUCCCUAGCAGAGAUGUACAUUUCUCAUUAUCUCAACCUGUGUAACUCCUGCGUGCAAUAUUUUAUAAAAUAAAGAGACAUUGAAAAGGAUAAUACUAA